ACAGUGGACAGCACGGAGAGACGGCAAUCGGUGCAGUAAAGGUUAGCACCCUGAUCUGCAGCUCCUGUGAGGGAGCAGCCACACUUUGCUACAGAAAGUCUUACAGGAAAAUACCCUCAGGGGUGCCCGAGAGGGGGGGAGGAUGAGCACCCCAAACGGACGGAUUACCCGGUAACAGACAUAGGCAAUGGAUUUUCGACAACGACAGCAACCUGCUUUUGCGGUAAGGUCUGUAAGAACCUUAGGGGCCUGAGGAUCCACCAGGCAAAGAUGGGCUGCAUAAGGAGGAAGCAAGCAGAGCAACGCACAGAGCCAGUGCCAAGCACUGACCCUGGUGAGACGGAGGAGGAGCAGGAACCGGAGGCACCCCACAGUUUCCAGAACCUCCAUGCUCGACAUGCUACACCUAGCAAACCAUCAGAACAGCGUCGGGUUUUAUGGCCGGCUGCAAACAAGGAGGCUCAGUGGCGGCAGUUUGAUGAGGAUGUUGAUGCUACUCUAAAUGCAUCUUGCAGAGGAGAAGUUGAUCAGAGACUCCAGUUGAUGAGCACACUAAUCAUCAGCAUCGGUGCAGAGAGAUUUGGCAUAAAAUUACCAAAGGCUCAGAACUUUGCUAGGCCAAACCGGCGUGAGACCAAGAUCUCCCAGCUCAGGAAAGAGCUCAAAGCCCUGAAUCGCCAGUAUAAGAAGGCGGGUGAGGAGGAAAGACCAGCCCUGAGAGAACUCCGUGGCAUCCUGAGGCAGAGACUUAUAUCUCUGCGUCGGGCUGAGUGGCACAGGCGGAGAGGCAGAGAGAGGGCUCGUAAGCGAACAGCCUUUGUUGCAAAUCCGUUUGGAUUUACGAAGCGGCUUUUGGGGCAGACAAGGAGUGGGACCCUACAAUGCUCAGAGAAUGAGAUCAACCAGAGCCUUAGUGCCACAUACAGCGACAGCAGGAGAGAGGAGGAACUGCCUACCUGCAGAGAGCUACCCACACCUCCGAUACCAUCUGUCCAGUUUAACAUUAAGGAACCCACCCUGGCAGAGGUCAGGAACAUCGUACGAGCUGCACGGACUAGUGCAGCCCCAGGUCCAAGUGGAGUGCCCUACAAAGUCUACAAACAUUGCCCGAGACUCCUGGAGAGGCUCUGGAGACUUAUUAGGGUAGUAUGGAGGAGGGGGAAGGUGGCCCAGCAAUGGCGUCACUCAGAGGGUGUUUGGAUACCAAAGGAGGAGAAUGCGAGUGACAUCACGCAGUUCCGCACCAUCUCCCUACUCAGUGUGGAAGGCAAAAUCUUCUUUAAGAUUCUUGCUAACAGGUUAUCUGAGUAUCUCCUGAGAAAUUCCUACAUUGACACCUCUGUGCAGAAGGGCGGAGUUCAAGGCAUGCCGGGCUGUCUGGAACAUACAGGAGUGAUCACCCAGCUGAUACGGGAGGCGAGAGAAAACCGAGGAGACCUUGCAGUCCUUUGGCUUGACUUGGCAAAUGCCUACGGAUCUAUUCCACACAAGCUUGUGUCAAAAGCUCUGACAACAUACCACGUUCCUGAGAAGAUCACUGAACUCAUAUGGGACUACUACAGUGGUUUCAGUUUGAGAUUCACCACUGGAACAACAACAUCUGCAUGGCACCGCCUAGAGAAGGGCAUUAUCACUGGUUGCACCAUGUCAGUGGUGUUGUUUGCCCUAUCUAUGAACAUGCUGGUCAAGGCUGCAGAAGUGGAAUGUAGGGGCCCCUUGUCCAGAUCUGGCAUUCGCCAACCACCAAUUAGGGCCUACAUGGAUGACCUGACUGUCACAUCAACAUCAGUGACUGGAUGCCGGUGGCUCCUCCGUGGUCUGGAAAGGAUCAUGGCAUGGGCAAGGAUGAUAUUUAAGCCAGCCAAGUCCAGAUCCCUUGUCCUGAGGAAGGGGAAAGUGGAGGACAAAUACCGCUUCUGCGUGGAUGGAGUCCCAAUUCCGACAGUGUCAGAGAAGCCUGUGAAGAGCUUGGGGAAGAUCUUCGAUAGCACUCUGAAGGACAAAGCAGCAGUGGAGGCAGCCCAGCUAAAGCUAAAGGCAUGGCUAGCAGCAGUGGACAAGUCUGGUCUCCCGGGGAAAACCCAGGCUGUCAGAGUGGGGAACAACACCUCCAAAGUCAUCACCCUGAACACCGGCACCCCCCAGGGCUGUGUCCUGAUCCCCCUGCUGAUCACCCUGAUGACCCACGACUGCCGUCUGCGCCUCAGGUCCAACCACAUCCUGAAGUACGCGGAUGACACCACAGUAGUUGACCAGCUACAUCUCCAUCCGGUCUGGGAGCUGCAGGGCCUCUGA